AUGCGGUUCUCCACUCUCGCCAGCUGUCUAGCUGCGUUCGCGGUGUCUACGAAUGCGAGGUGGCCCUUCUACAACGUCGUGCUCACCAACGACGAUGGCUGGGCUGUAGCCAUGAUCCGCGCGCAAAAUGAAGCUCUCAAGGCCGCAGGAUACGAUGUCGUGCUUUCUUGCCCCUCCCAGAACGAGUCUGGGACCGGUUCAACGACGGCUGCUCCGACGGUGCUGAACAUUACGUGCGAGUACGAUACUUGCGCGGUCGGUUCACCUCCGGAAGGAUUUAACGCUAGUGACCCGCGAUUGAACUACGUCAAUGCGUACCCCGUCGACUCAAUCCGCUAUGGCAUCCAGACGCUAGCACCUAAGUUCUUCGGGGCGAAGCCCGAAUUUGUCGUCAGCGGCCCCAAUGUUGGAAAUAACCUUGGAUCUGCCGUGACCGGCUCGGGCACAGUCGGCGCAGCAUGUGAGGCAGCCAAGGAAGGCAUUCCCUCGGUAGCCUUCUCCGGCGACACUCUCCAGCAAAUAUCCUACACGACCCUCGAGUCAGAGCCAACCUCACAAUACACCCAGGCGGCCGAAAUAUACUCCCAGCUCACAGUCAAAUUCACGCGCGCCCUUCUCGCGCUGCCCGGCACCAUCCUCCCAACUGGGAUCUCCGUUAACGUGAACUACCCGUCGAUCACCAACUGCACCAGUGUCGACGACUACAAGUUCGUGCUGACCAGGAUCACGGAGGACGCGGAUGCGACGGACGUAUUUCAGUGCGGGAGCGUGCACCUACCGCAGGAGACAGGUGUGGUGAGGGGUGAGGGGUGUUAUGCGAGCGUGAGCGUGUUUGACGCGAACACGAAGGCGGACGUGGAUGCGGGGACGCAGGCGUUCGUGCGGGACAAAUUGUUUGGGCUAUUGACUUGUUAUGACGGGUGA